AGAGGAUGUCGCCUGCGCUGUCGGUUAGGGAACUGGGGAAACGAAUGCACGGGGCCGCGGGCAGGAAUAGCCUUUGUGGCUGUUUGCAAUCAGAGCGGAUGGAUUAGCCAGAUUAGGCAGGCAUAGUAAUUUAGACACCGACGUCGACCAUGCGGGCCCUGACUGGUGCAUCCCGGUGCCAAGGGCUGACCGAAAGGACGCCCGCCCUGACGCUCGCCUUUUAGCCCGCACUCGCUUUGCUUGGUCCUCCCCGCCCCCCGAGCUUGGAUCGUCCAUUCCUUACCCACCUCGCUCAUUUAGUUCCGCAAUUCACACCUUCUGCUUCUCGCUACGGUGAGCCAAAGUUUGUGCCUGGCUGUCAACUUCCUGACACGAGCACAGAUCCCCAGUCCAGCCUCAACCACACUCAACAUGUACGCCUCUGUGGUUCUUGCUACACUUUUCGCUGGCGCUGCACUCGUGCGCGCAGACGUCGGUCCGACGACCCCUGCCCCCGGCGAUGUCUUCAAAGAGGGUGGAGAUUGCAAGGUGGCCUGGAACGCGGACACCUCAGGCGUUUGGACAGUGAUGAAUGUCGAGUUCAUGACCGGAGACAACGAGCAAAUGCAGUUCCUCGAGCUUGUGGGCACGGUGGACGGUACUGACGCUUCAAACAACAGCAUCACCUACAAGUGUCCCGACGUCGACCUUCACUCGCAGGUCUACUUCUACCAGUUCACGUCUCCCUACUCCACGAAGGUCUACUGGACCGGCCGCUUCAUCAUCGCCGCCGCCGAUGGAACUACGACCCCGCCGCCGGAGACCGAGAUGUCCGGUGGUCAGACCAUCUCCUGGGGCAGUGGUUCCAUCAUCGGCCAAACCCCCGCCACCGCGCCCGCGUACGGCGAGAGCGCCAGUGGUGCAUCUACUUCGUCAUCUGCUUCAGCCUCUUCGUCUGCCUCCUCUGGGUCCACAUCCGCCUCGUCAGGUGCUUCGUCCGGCGACGCGUCGAGCUCGCCAGCCGUUCCCGAGUCGACCACUGUGUCUGGCCCCCCUCUGACACAGGUGGCCUCUUCGACGCCGCCCACCGGUACAGCGACAACCGCUGGCUCCUCCGGCUCGGGCUCCUCGUCCGCUGCCUCGACCAGUGCGGCCGCCAAUGGUGGCGGAGCGCUCAAGGCGGACAACCUUGUCCUCCGCGCCGGCUCCGCUCUCCUCCUCGCGGCCCUGACGUUCACCGUCGCUCUGUAAAUCCGUCGCGGGUACCCCGUCUAACUGCUUGUAGCCGUGGCACGCGACCCAUGGCUGCACAGAUCUGUCAUUACUCACCAUCUUGCUGUUGUAUGCUAAACUAUAUUUUGCCGUACUAUCGAGGCAAGUGAUACUCGCACUGAUGACCAUCGACGAUGUGCAAUGUAUCCGUGACGUAUAGGCUUUCUGCUGUAUCUACUGGGCUUUAGGGUACAUUGCUUCACAGUAAAUUAAUGAUUUUCUCAACUGUGAACCGUCCCUCGAACGCUUGCAGGAUACCAGCCGUCU